ACUAACGUACCUAGUGUUUCCUCACUUCGGAGAUUGCGAGGAAAAGUAAACAGAAAGACACCCACAAACGCACAGAGCUAUAGAGCACGAGAGUGAGUGAGAGCGAGAGAGAGACAGACAACAAUGUUGUGUGGUUUGAAAUUAGAGCUCGCUAACGUUGUCGCAAAAAACCCAAACUACAAAAAAUACAGCCUCCCCAUUAACAUCGACUCCCGCCGUAAAAACUACAAUCUCAUGAGACGACCUCUCCAACUGUCUCUGUCGGUCGUACAAUCACAGUACAAUGCAACCGCAGCAUCUGAGCCGUCAAUUUCCUCUCAUUACACAUCAACCGUCGGAUCCUCUUCUCUUCAGCUCCCUCAGUGGAACCUCACCAACCGUCACAUCGUCAUGCUCCAAGUCAUUGCUUGCGCGGUUGCAGUUUCAGCAACUUGGCUCUUUUUCUCUGCAAUACCAACUCUUCUGGCUUUCAAGAGAGCAGCAGAAUCACUAGAAAAGCUGAUGGAUGUUACAAGAGAAGAGCUCCCUGACACAAUGGCUGCUGUUCGGUUGUCUGGCAUGGAGAUUAGUGACCUUACUAUGGAGCUCAGUGAUUUAGGCCAGGAGAUUAACCAAGGUGUUAAAAGCUCCACUCGAGCUGUUCGCUUAGCUGAAGAGAGGUUGCGUCGGUUAACAGACAUGGCUCCAGCAGGAGGUAGCCAGCCCGAAAACUAAGACAACAGUGCCAGUGUUGGCUAGAACUGCAAGGGGCAUAAGGGAGGGAGUCGUGAAGGGUCGUUCAAUCCUGCAAAUAUUUUUCACCCUUGUCCGAUUUUCUAGGUUGGCCCUCAACUAUUUCACUAAGCGAGCUAAGCGGUAAACCAUAAGACAAAUGAGCUUGAUGGUGAAAAUCGUCAAAUAUGUUGUGUACAUAUUUUUCAUUCUUUCUUCUUCUGAUUUUCCCUCAAUCUUAAUUAAAAAAAAUAUCCAGCUAGUAUCAUCAUUGAGGCUUUACUUUUCAGUGUGUUGAGUUAUGGACCUACUAGGUAACAAGGGCAGAUAGUUUUUCACUUUUCUUUAUUUGCUGUUGUUAAUUGCAAGUGGUUUGUUGUAGCCUUGUCAAUAUGUGUACCUAGAUUGUUUGAGCUUUCUGUGAACUUUUUGUGGACAAAGAUUUGCUUUAGUUUCUUCA